AUGUUCUCCUCACCUUCAAAAAACUCACUCAAUAAUCGACGAUUACCUCUCUCCGUUUUAUUCCAUCAUCAAACCACAACAAGUGUCAUUAAUCAUUCAUCACAUUCAUCAGCAACCAUCACAACAAACAAUAGUUCCUCUCAUUCUCCGACCUCUUUCUAUCCAACUUCUCCUUCCUCUCUUUUAAUCCCAUCAUGUUCGUUGUCAACAACAACAGCGACGACGACGACAUUCAAUAAUCGUCACAGUGAUAUAUCAUCUCAUCAUCGUUCAGGUUCUCCAUCUUCAUCAUCAUUCACAUCUCCCACUUCACAACAUUCCAACCACAAUAAUAAUUCAAUUAUUAACAACACCAUCAACACCAACAAUAACAACACUAGUGAUACCAAUGGACAUCCAUCUCACUCUCUCAAUGGUGGUACUCAACAACGAUCUUCUUCCACGAUUGAAAAAUCUUUUUUCGAAUUUUCUGACGUGGAUGAUAGAAAUCCAACCAUGAAACCAUCCAAACAACAUGUUGUUCUUCCACCAACUUUACGUGAAAGAACCACUGUCGUUGUGAUGAAUAAUCUUGUCGUCGAUCAUGAUGACGAAAAUGACUAUAUCAACCAUAUUCACACAAAGAGCAAAAACACCACUCAUGAACAUCAUAUUGAGAAACGACCAAUGAUGAUGAUGAUGAAUAAUGAUGAGAAGGAACCUUCUCAAUUGGAAGACAACAACAAGAGAGGAAAAUCUCUUUCAAAAAUUACCAAAGAUUUGAAAGAGAAACAACAACCAUCACUUCCUUCCAUGAAUCAUGGGAAUGGUACAACGACACAGAAUUCUCAGAAUCACCUUGUUGAGGAGAAUUCUCAAAAUUCGAAAACAACACGUGUGGUCCAAUCAGUCACAUCCUUGUCGUCCCAUUCGGAACCAAUUUCUCAACAUUCUGAACAACAACUCCUUUCAACAGCAGAAACUUUUGGAAAUUCUUCAGGAGAGGAACAUCAAACUCCAACAACACACGAAAAACCAAGUCUCAAACGAAGAAUGAGCUCCUUCCUUUUUCGGAAAUCUCUCACACAUGAACAAAGUGAAGCCACAAAAAGUUUCAAAAUAUCCAAUGCUGCUCGAAAAUCAUUGACAGGAUCUGUCACCAAUUCUUCUCCUCAAUUAAAUGGACAAACUGUGACACAUUUACCCAACAAACAAGCAACAAAAUCCAUUUCGAAAUCCUCUCGACAGAGUUGGAGUAAGAGUUUCUUUUCUUCAAAAAGCAAAUUUAAGGAAAAUAUUCACUCGACCACGUCACAUUCCACUCAAAUCAUUCCUCAUCAGCAACAACAAGCACUAAAAAAUCAUCAUCAUCCUUCUCAAUCACUACAUUAUCACUCGAGACUCUCUUCUGGUUCUUCCAAUAGUUCUGCAGCUUUAACUAUUGUCCAUUCGAAUGGUUUUGGAUUGAGUGAAUCUCCAGACACAAGUAGUAGUUCCUUUGAUUUUGCAACGCUCGAAUCUGCAAGUGUGGAUAAUGCAAGCACUGGAGGUGAUUUGACUUAUGUGGAACCUUCUUCCUCCACAAAUACGAAUGGUUCUGGAAAAAAGAAUAUUCUCAGUGAGGAAUUUGCAAAUGUUCAACAUCAAUUUGGAAGUGUUGAAUCAUUGAGAGCCACAUUUUUACAAUUUAUUUCCAAUCAGACACUGUUUCAGAUGAAUUCAUCGAAUUCUUCUUCUUCAACUUUGAAAGCUGCACGAGUUUUGGAAAAUGAGUUACUGAUUGAAUUAUAUUUUAUGGAUUUCAUGUAUGGAAAUAACUCUGGAAAGUUAUCGAGAAAGCUCACAAAUUUAUCGUCGAUUUUAACUCAUUUGGAUUCAUUUUGUAAAUUGUUACUUUCCAAGUUUGAUCGAAAAUCUCAGUUGUGGAGAGAUAUUAUUGAAGAUCAGGCCUCCCAUAUGAAAUAUCCAUAUUUGGAAUGUAUGGUAGUUGAUACAAUUGAUAACGACGAUGAAUGCCAUUCAUGGAUGACUCAUCAGAGACUUGGUCAAUUUUUAAAGCACACUUAUGAAUAUUAUGUGAAGAGUGUGAGUGAUUUACCAGAAGACUUUCAAGCAGGACAACUUAAAAAACAAAUUCAAAUGCUUUGUGACAUGUUUUAUGUCGAACUCGAUGAUUACUUUAUGAUCUUCCAAAGUAAGAAUUACAAAUAUAUGAAACAGUGGAUUAGUGAAGGACUCAAACACAAAGUGUUACCCAAUCACGUCAUUGAACUGUAUAGAAAAGACAAGGAAUAUCAUGACAAGAUGCAAGGCGAAUUUAAAAUCACUCCUGAAGAUUUCACAGUUGAUCAUGUCAUUGACAGCGAUUGGAAAUUUAUGAAAUAUUUUUGUAAUGAUUUUUCAAGUCAUUGGUUUUUGACAUUUAGUCAAAUUGGAAAAGUUACUUAUUGGAAUAGUUUCUCAGACUUUUCUACGGACAAUCUCAGUUUAAGAAUGAGUAAGGUGGUUGGAUAUUUUGAUUAUCCAAUUGAACAAGUUGCCAAAGCACUUGCCAAUGAUGAUCACUUGCAAUAUCAAUUCAAAAAUAUGAAAUGGUCCUCUUACAGUUCCAUUAACGAGUCCAAUUCGUUACACAAAUAUCCAUCCGUUCUCAUGUCAGGUUCUUUUGAUUCUGUUUCUUUAUUCCUUUCAAGAUCGAUUCAACUCGUAUUUUCUACGAAAUGUCACUUUUGUGAAGAUGAACUCACCGAAGUUCAAACCUUUUUCAAAACGUGUGACGUUCUGAAGGAAAAAUCUAAAAAGGAUCUCAUCAAAAUUAAGAUGCCUCUCUUGGGAAUGAGAAUUUUAACAAAAUUAGAUAAUCACAGAACACGAUUUGUCGAAGUGAGAUUUAGCAAUUUAGGAGGUUUGCUCAAUUCGAAAAUAGUUCUCUUCAAUCCAUUGACAUCCAAAAAAACAUGCUUGGAGACUUAUCAAGGAUUAUUGGAAGCAAUUAAAAGAAGUGAACAACAAGGAUUUGCUUUGCCAAAUUGUGAAAAGAAUUAUUUGAUGAGACUUUGGAAAGAUUAUUGCAAACAUUAUUUCAAUAUGGAUAUUAUUGAAAAGUAUAAAUGA